CAAUCUGGGAAAACCCACAAGCACACGAAGCAACAACAACAAAACAGGGUUCACUAGUGCUAGUGUGGCAGUUCAGGCACCAUUUUACUCGUGCAGCUGAAGUGGGGCUUUGGUUUUAAAGCAAAAAAAGCGUGUUAGUGUCGGGCAGUGAGUCAGUAUGAGUUCCAGUGUCACAUCAGAGACUUUAGUCCGGAAGCUGAGCCACUCCAUACUGAGCAAACUCUCUGACUUCCUGGAUCCGCAAGACGCGUGGAAAAGUGUCCUAGUGGACAUCCAGAGAGACACAGGGGAGCCGAGGUACACCCAGUUACACCUCAGGAGGUUUGAGAGGUUGGUGGCGCAAGGGAAAAGUCCGACAGUGGAGUUGUUGUAUGACUGGGGUACAACAAACUGCACAGUCGGGGAACUGGUGGAAAUUCUCAUCAGACACAAGCUGAUCGCACCUGCCAGAGUAUUACUGCCAGAUAUAACUGCAGCACCUGUUGCCACACAUUGGAGAGCAGUCGAGGAUCUACCCACUGAACAUCACCGAGCGCAGACUCAGCUUUGUGUGUUAAGAGUGGAUGAAGCACGGCUAAAAGAAGAAACGCCUUCCACGUUGCCUGACAGCACCACAGAACCGGAGGAGAGUCAAGAGCCGAAUGAAGAAGGUUUUUACAACUUCACUUAUCAUGAGCUGACACAAAUCACAGGCAACUGGGAUGAGCGGCCAGCUUCAGUAGGAGGCAGCAGACUGGGGGAGGGCGGCUUUGGAAUCGUUUUCAAGGGUCUGCACAAGAUCAAGCCUGUGGCAGUAAAGAAACUGAGUUUAGUAGAUGACCUGUCUCCUGAGGAGCUCAAGUCUCAGUUCAAUCAAGAGAUUCAAACACUGAAGAGGUUAAAACAUGUGAAUCUGGUGAAUAUGGUUGGUUAUUCCAGUGAUGGCCAGUGUCCAUGUUUGGUCUAUGCUUACAUGUCUAACGGUUCGUUAUUGGAUCGACUGGCAUGUUUGGAGGGAAGCAGUCCUUUGUCCUGGCAGAUGAGGUGUGCUAUAGCACUUGGGACAGCCAGAGGCCUCGAGUACCUUCAUCACCACAACCACAUACAUCGAGAUGUGAAAAGUGGGAAUAUCUUGUUGGAUGAAUUCUUCGUUCCCAAGAUUUCAGAUUUUGGUUUAACGCGUGCAUCGGCUAAACGCUCAUGUACAACAGUGAUUACUGAGAGAAUCGUGGGUACGACGGCUUACAUGGCACCAGAAGCCCUGAGAGGAGAGAUCACUCCAAAGUCAGAUGUCUUCAGCUUUGGAGUGGUGCUCCUGGAAAUUCUAUCUGGACUCCCUCCUGUUGAUGAGAACCGGGACCCAAAACUUCUGAUGGAGAUGAAGGAUGAGAUAGAGGAUGAGGAGAUCACACUGGAGGAGUUUAUAGAUAAGAAAGUGCUGGAUUGGGAUAUGGAGUCUGGGGAACGGAUGUACAAUGUGGCCAGCCAGUGCCUUAGUGAAAGGAAGAACAGGAGGCCUCUAAUGAAGGAGGUGCUUGCUGAGCUGGAGGGAUCUUAAAUCUCAAUCACCAAGACUGACAGACUGAAUGCUAUUUGCUGUAAAAUCUAAAAUGUUAUGUCAAGAUUUGUACUUUUUUUUUAUAACUGUUUUCCUUUGUUGCCCCAUUAAAGAAAUUCAAACUAAA